AUACGCGCACGAAACUGUAAAUACGAGCCGGUCGUUAGUUUUUAUUAAUGGAACGAUUAACCCUAUCAUCGAACCGCAAACAUCUGCCCAAGCGAUGCGUUGUCGCGCAAAAUCUUACGCCAUCAUCAGCUACGGAGUUUUCUUUCGUAGCAUUGCAAAUUUCCAAAGCUUUUAAUAUUACAAAAAUGAAAAUAUUAUUCUCAAAUUUAAUACGAAGUUUAAUAAAGUAAAAUGAAAUAAUCCAAUAUAGUUCGUUUGCGCAUGGCGCGAGGAAUUAAAAUCUUGGUAAAAUCGUCGUCAGGACGACGUAAGAUACUAUUAAAUCGAUAAGUACCAUGUGAAUCUUCGUGAAUACCUGCAAAACCAUGUCCAAUCCUUUGGUAUCCAGUGCAGAAAAUAAAUUGAACGAUUUGAAUAAGAAAAUCGCCGAAAUCAAGAAAAAGAUCCAGCUGUCAGAGGGACAAAGAAAAGCGAAUUUCGAGGAGUACGAAGCGAAGAAGCACGAGUACGCGGAGAGCAUCGGGUCUCUUAAGCAAAGGGUUAAGGAGCUUUACGCGGAGUAUGCAAACUUGAAAAAUAAUGAGGGAAAAUCGGAGAGCAGUGUUCACAUGAGUCGCAAGUCGUCGGCUCAUGAGAAAAAACGCAAUUUAAGCGAGACAAUUGCUAAAGCGGAGGAGGACAAUGUACGCUUAAGAAAGAGGCACGAUCUAAUUAAAUAUCAACGCCAGAGGAGACAGCAGAAAUUACAUCUGUUACUCGAAGAGUACAACGAAUUGAUGAAUGAUAAAAUGCAGAAAAUAUUUAAGAAGAAGGUGGAGAACCCAUUAAAAAAUAAAAUUGUGAAACUGGAGGUACGUUUGGAGCACAUCAAAAUGAUGCAGAUCAAGGCGAACAUAGUGCGAAUGAAGUAUCGUUCCAUGCGUUCCGAUUUGAAAGAAAAAUCGGUCUUUUACGCGUCCUCCUUGAAGAACUUGGAGUACGAGAUGAGAGAACAGGAAAACGAAAUGAAACGUCUACAGGCAAGCUACGAGUUUGAUCGUUCAAAGAAAUAUUGCUUUACAAGAUUUUCAUAGUGACACGAAAUCAACGUGAACAUGUUCUAAGCAGAGAGUGAAGGAAGAAGCGAUUACGUUAAGAGAUAACACGCAGGAGACGU